AUGGGAAAGCCAGGUCUCAGCAAUGUGUAUGUGAUCAGCGGCUUAACGACCAUCGGUGGUCUUAUUCAGGGUUUCGAUGUGUCCAGCAUGUCCGCGAUAAUUGGCACUGAUGAGUAUAAGAAAUACUUCAACAAGCCAGAUGCAGUUCUUCAAGGUGGGAUCACGGCUAGUAUGGCUGGUGGCUCUUUGCUGGGAUCUCUUCUAUCUUCGUGGACGAGUGACCGAUUUGGUCGUCGUGAUUCCCUUUUCAUCGCAUGUAUCAUUUGGCUGAUCGGGUCAACAUUAAUGUGCGCCGUACAGAAUGUUGCCAUGCUAAUCGUGUCGCGAAUCUGCAAUGGCUUUGCAGUGGGAAUGUUAACCAGCCAAGGCCCCAUUCUUAUCGCAGAGAUCAGUUUGCCUCGCCAGCGUGGACGGCUGCUUUCGUUGCAACAAUGGAUGAUUACCUGGGGCAUCUUGAUAAUGUAUUUCAUCAGCUACGGCGCGUCAUUCAUGGGAAACAAUGGGGUGUUUCGCCUUCCAUGGGGCCUUCAGAUGAUCCCGGCUAUUGUGCUACUGGGUUGUCUUCCUAUGAUACCCCGGUCACCUCGCUGGCUCGCAUCCCAAGAUCGAUGGGAAGAAGCUACGGAAGUUCUCGCUCGCCUACAUGGCUCUGGUAAUGCUCUUGACCCUGUUGUCGUGGCGCAGAUCCGGGAAAUUCGGGAAAAGAUUGAUUUGGAACGGCAGUAUAAGAGCACAUCAUGGUGGGAAUUAUUCAACCGCCGCAACAUCAUUCGAGUACACUGCGCUAUCUUCACACACGUAUGGUCCCAGAUGUCCGGCACCAACGCAAUGAUGUAUUACAUCGUCUAUAUUUUCCAGAUGGCUGGUCUUACUGGAAAUGCCACACUUCUCUCGGCCUCCAUACAGUACAUUAUCAACGUCGUCAUGACAUUACCCGCUCUCAUAUUUAUUGAUCGUCUUCCUCGACGUCGCCUUUUUAUUUUCGGCGCACUCGCAAUGGGUAUCCUUCAGUUCACACAGGCAGGUCUGAUGGCUUCUUACGGCCACCCCGUGCCAGGUGGCUUGGCAAAAUCACCAACUGUGACAUGGAAAGUCACGAAUUCAAAGGCCUCAAAAGCAAUCAUUGCAUGCUCUUAUCUUUUCAUUGCAUCUUAUGCACCUACAUGGGGCCCUCUUGGCUGGGCCUACCCUCCUGAGAUCAUUCCGCUCUACAUCCGUAGCAAAGCCGUAUCUCUGGCAACCUUCUUCAACUGGGCAUGCAACUUCGCCCUGACCUUCUUCACCCCUCCAGCAUUCGAACAUAUCCAGUGGAAGAUUUACUGUGUAUUUGGCACGUUUUGCAUUACCGCUUCAAUCCAUGUAUUCUUUCUCUUUCAGGAAACAUGUGGCAAGUCUCUGGAAGAGAUUGAUGUCAUGUUCGAAAGGGAGAGCAUUUGGGCGUACAAAACCGACAAGAAAACCAGUCGGUUGAUCAUGGAUAUUGAACAAGCCAAGGAGGACUUGGCUGUUGGAAAGAUCGGGAUAAGCGAUAUCAAGGGUCCAGAGCCUUCAUGA